AUGGCUGCCACAAGCGCUGCCGGAGAUGGCAUCUUCUCAGCCACCUACAAUGGCUUCGCUGGCGCCGACAGCAAGCGAGAGCAUGUUAUGCGACGGCAGUCCGACAACUGGGUCAAUGCAACCCAUAUCCUCAAGGCUGCCGGCUUCGAUAAGCCUGCCAGAACCCGCAUCCUCGAGCGAGACGUGCAGAAGGGCAAUCAUGAGAAGGUGCAGGGUGGUUAUGGAAAGUUUCAAGGAACCUACCUCCCCCUCCAGGAUGCCCGUGAGCUCGCUCGACAGCACAACGUCCUCGAUCGCCUGCGACCUAUCUUCGACUUCGUGCCCGGCGCUGUCACCCCCCCGCCUGCUCCGCGCCAUGCGAGCAAGCCCAAGCAGCCUAAAAAGGCCCCAGGCCUGCUCCAGGCCGGCCAUGGCCCCAAGCGCAAACAUGUCCCUCGUGCCGAUGAACUCGACACAUCAUCUGUCGUCUAUAGGGACGAGAGCCCAGACAAUCAGACUAUCGUAUCUGGUAGCUAUAUGGCUGAGGACGAGGCUGACAGGAUGAUCCAACAUAAGCAUACAAUGUAUGGUGAGUCCCUAUUGGACUACUAUGCGCUCGAUAUGAGUGAUCCGAAAGCGCCUCGUCCAGAACCUCCCACCAAUUUCAGGCCCGACUUCCCUAUCGACAAGCACCGGAAUACCGCCCUGCACUGGGCGUCCGCCAUGGGCGACAUCGACGGUGUCAGGCACAUGAAGCGCUUCGGCCCUUCUCUGACCGCCCGAAACAUGCGCGGCGUGACCCCCCUCAUGCACGCUGUCAAUUUCACCAACGCCUUUGAUAAGCAGACCUUUCCCGCCAUCAUGGACGAGCUCCUAGAGACCAUCGACGCCCGUGACCUCUCGGGCCGCACCGUCCUGCACCAUGCUGUAUCUCACGCCGUGUCUGUUAAGCACAGAAGACCUGCUCGAUAUUAUGUGGAGAGUCUUUUAGCCAGGCUGCAGGGAUCCCACGACGCUACUUUCACCGACCAAUUCAUCAAUGCGCAGGACCAGAGGGGGGAUACAGCUAUCCAUCUCGCCGCUGAGAAUAAGAAUACCAAGAUCAUUCGCUCGCUGCUGGGUCGCAACGCUUCCACGUCCAUUCCCAACCAGAAGGGUGUGUAUGCUGAGGAGAUGAUCAGAGAGCUCAAUGAAGGCAUCCGAUCUCGUUCCGCAGUGCCUCCGCCCUCGUCUUCCCCCUUCGCGCCCCCACCGCCCCGGCGGCCGAGCCUGAGUAGCGCUUUGCACGAUUUCUGGAACAACACCGAGUUCCACUCGGAAGCAGCCAAGGCUGUGCAGAAUCGUAUCGCGCCCAGCAUGCUCCAGAAGAGCAGGUACCUCGCCGAAUGCUUUGAGGAUGAAUGGAAGGAGAAGGAUGAGGCCGAGCAGGACGCCCGCCGGCUGCUGGCCAGCACGCAGGACGAGCUUGCGGCCCAGCUGGACGAGCUGCGCCGGCACGAGGACCUGCUCGAAGCGGAUGAGGUUGCUGCCAAGACUGAGGCUGAGGCGACACAGUUACAGACGCAAGUCCUUUCCCUUCUGCGGUAUCAAAACCGCAUCGCUGUCCAAGGCAAGAUUCACACCGAGCUGAGUAUGCAGGUGAAUGGCAACAAUGGCCAGGAUUGCAGCAGCCAGGCAUCCAGGGAUAACGACCAACAAGAGCGCCUACGCCUAGCACAGGAACUUCGUGAUCAGGUCCGAGAGCUGCGAAAGGCGGAGAGUGAGCUGGUGGGGGCUACGGGUCUUCGGGGCGUCGGCGAGGCCAUCGAGAGCUACAGAUAUCUGCUCCAGCUCUGUCUUGGGCCACAGGCGCCUGGCCUCGACGACAACCUGGACAGUAUGAUCCGGGAGUUCGAGGAGGAGGCCGACUAUCCUAAUGGUACUCGCGCAAUACGCGGCUAUGCAUUGGGCAAUGGAGGCGAUGCUGAUGCUAUGGAGCUGUCUGAUGUGGAGUGA